AUGGAGCAAAAGUUGCAGUUAGAUAAAGAUGAAACUGGGCAGGCUGUCAAUGCUACUGACUAUCUAUGCAUUGUUGGGAGCUUAAGAUAUUUGACUCAUACACGACCUGAUAUUUCAUACGCGGUAGGAGUUGUGAGAAGGUUCAUGGAAAAACCGACAAUUAAACAUCAGCAGGCAGUGAAGCACAUACUGAGAUAUGUAAGUGGUAGAGUUGAUCAUGGAUUGGUAUACAUGAGGGAGGAAAGAAAGAAGGUUAUAACUGGUUUUACAGACAGUGACCUGGCUGGGGAUGUGGUUGACAGGAGAAGUACAGGUGGGAUGUGCUUCUAUUUAAAUGAUAAUUUGGUGUCACGGGUUUCUCAGAAACAGAGAGUAAUCGCACUAUCGUCCUGCGAAGCAGAGUACAUGGCUGCAACAACUGCAGCAUGCCAAAGUAUAUGGCUUCGAGGACUGCUAAGCGAGAUAUCAGGACAGCAGGUUGGUGCAGUUACUUUGUGUGUUGAUAAUCGGUCAGCUAUUGAGUUAAUGAAAAAUCCUAUAUUGCAUGGAAGAAGCAAACAUAUAGACGUGCGUUUCCAUUUCAUUCGGGAAUGUAUUGAACGAGGAGAACUGGUUGUCAAGUAUGUGCCUACACAGGAACAGCGUGCGGACAUUCUGACUAAGUCUCUGGGAAGAGUGAAGUUUGAAGAAAUGAAGAAGCUGAUUGGAGUUCAGGAUCUUGCAACAGUGAAGAAGUAUGUUUAA